CUUUAUUCUUACAGCUCGGUUGAGUAACUCUUUUGAUCACUUAUCGUCAACUCAAUCGAGUAUUUUAACCAUGACACGCCUCCUGGACGCAAGCUUUCUGCUUUUGCCUGUCAUUGCAUCGACAUUAUUCGGCACUGCAUCCGCACAAAGCACAUGUGCAACUAAGGGAAAGCCGGCUGGCAAGGUUCUUCAAGGAUACUGGGAGAAUUGGGAUGGAUCAGCUAAUGGUGUUCACCCCGGAUUUGGAUGGACGCCUAUCGAAAACCCUGUGAUCGCACAAAAUGGCUACAACGUGAUUAAUGCCGCUUUCCCAGUCAUCCUCUCAGAUGGUACGGCACUGUGGGAAGAUGGCAUGGAUGCUACUGUUAAAGUUGCGACACCAGCCGAAAUGUGCCAGGCCAAAGCAGCUGGUGCCACUAUCCUCAUGUCCAUUGGAGGUGCUACUGCUGGCAUCGACCUCAGCUCUAGUACUGUCGCCGAUAAGUUCAUCUCGACUAUCGUCCCAAUCUUGAAGCAGUACAACUUCGACGGUAUUGACAUCGACAUUGAGACGGGGUUGGUUGGAAGCGGCAGCAUCGGCACCCUGUCCACGUCACAGGCCAACUUGAUCCGCAUCAUUGAUGGUGUCCUUGCACAGAUGCCUUCCAACUUCGGCUUGACUAUGGCACCAGAGACGGCGUAUGUGACAGGUGGCAGUGUUGUGUACGGAUCCAUCUGGGGUUCUUAUCUCCCAAUUAUCAAGAAGUACGUCGACAACGGCCGGUUGUGGUGGCUCAACAUGCAAUACUACAACGGUGACAUGUAUGGUUGCUCCGGCGAUUCAUAUGCGGCCGGCACUGUUCAAGGUUUCACCGCACAAACUGACUGCUUAAACAAUGGCAUCACUAUCCAAGGCACCACAAUCAAGGUUCCCUACAACAUGCAAGUUCCUGGAUUACCUGCGCAAUCUGGCGCUGGUGGUGGCUACAUGACCCCAAGCUUGGUAGGCCAGGCAUGGGAUCACUAUAACGGCGCUCUUAAGGGUUUGAUGACGUGGUCAAUCAACUGGGAUGGAUCCAAGAACUGGACAUUCGCCGAUAAUCUGCUUACAAGGAUUUAAGCUGAGGCUGCGAGAAGAGAGCAGGAGUUUAUACGAUUUUUCUUUACCACUUGGCGUUCAGCAUUACCUUAGGUUUGUGGUAUCUAUUUUGGCCGAAUACACCAAAGGAUAUAUACGCUUCACCAUUGAACUUUUACGAUAAAGGGGGGACAACUGGUCAAGUGGAGGGUAUUUCACUGCAGUUAUAUGGAAUGUAUAUAAGAAAGUUGACUGCUUGGUCUCUGUAAAUAAAAACAAUUGAUAAACCUAGCAUGGUGGGCUCUAAUCGUGAAAAAGUGAAUACAUGAUCGUCGUACGAUCCAAAUAGGAGAGGAGGUCUGACAGAAUUA